CCUCACCAUGGGGCAGGUCCAGCUCUGGCAGAACUGGGUUAAUCCCCCAACCCUCUCUCAUCCACAUCCUCCCAGAGAACAGCAAACUCCGUGUGCUUCCUCACUCUGUGUGGCUGCUUCCUGCCCCCUGAGCCUCUCACAAGUUCCUGAUGCCUCCUCCUACCACCGGCUCCUCUGUGGGGAUAGGGAUGGUGGGAAGAUAUCUGGUGUCCCUCAGAAAGCAGCAGGCUGAGCUGGGAUGAGAGGGAAGGCGAGCUCUGGACGCUGCUGCUCGCCCUGGUGCUGCUCCGCCUCUCUCGUGUUUCACCGGAUCUCGCAGCUUUAACAGGAAACCCCCUUGUUUUGGUUGAGUCACAGGCAUUGCCACUGCCCGUGGUGACUCCAAACUUUGUGUCACCGAUGGGGAGAAAACAGGGAAAGAUUUGGGCUGUGGGACGUGGCAGCUGCUGUUUUCCUCUCCUUUCCUGUGCCAAGGCACAGCUGGAGUCACCAUGAGGCAAGGCAGGAGCGAGGAGAGCGGAAAACCCUCGGCAGUGCUCGCUCUUCUCACUUUAUUUCAGCUUCAGGAAGAGCAGCCAUGGAGGCAGCGCUCAUCUUCCUGUGCUCCCUGCUGGUGCCAGCAGCCCUGGCAGACGUGGCCACCCAGGAGAAGGAGGAGGAGGAUCCCUUUAACUAUGACUACCAGAGCCUGAGGAUCGGGGGGCUGGUGUUCGCCGUGGUCCUGUUCACCGUGGGCAUUCUCCUCAUCCUCAGCAGGAGGUGCAGGUGCAGUUUCAAGCAGAAGCCCAGGGCUCCAGGGGACGAGGAGGCUCAGGCAGAGAACCUGAUCACCUCGAAUGCAACGGCGGCACAGAAGGCAGAGAACUGAGCAGGAGCCAAUGCUAGCCAGAGACCCCAGGAGGGACACCCGGAGCGCAGAUGCCCGCGGCCUGUGAGGAGACUGAGAUCCCAGCAGCAGGAACCUCCCAGGAGACGCGGGGCUGCCGUGUCCGUGUCCCCCCCUGUGCUCCAGCACCGGUUCUCUGUCCCUAACCCGACUAAACUCCGCUCACCGUCCUCUGCCUCCCGUGGUGUGCAACGUUGCUGUGAGAUGAUCCUUACCUCUAGGGCUAGUUGUUGCUGGUGUUGUAGUCGUGACUUUCUCCUCACCCUCCUCGUGCAGUGCGUGUGGCUCGGGCUCUGUAGGACUGGCUGCCCUUUGGGGUGCCCUCCACGCCUGGGGACAGGGAGCGUGCCUGUGGGUCAGGGACCCCCCUUCCCUGCCCAGGGCCAGCAGCACAGCCCCCCUGGCUUUGGGCAGGGCUUGGGGACCUGCAGUGCCCUGGGGACCUGCCCAGCCAUUUCAGGGCAACCCGUCCCCAUUUCAGCAAUAACCCCCUGCAUGCCCCCAGCCUAAAAACAGCCAUGGUGGGGGGUGGGCCAGGCAGGGACCUCCCAUGGCUCAGCCCCCCUCGCUGGGGUCACUGGGGUGCUGGAUUCAAGGCUGAAGGGGGCUCUCCUGCCUCUCCUGCGGGGCACUCCCUGUCAGGGAGUUGUUUCUGUUCCUGGUUAGACCUGGGGCACGCUGCUUUAAGUGUGAGGCAAGGCCGUGGUGGCAGAGAAGCCCGUGAGGUCCCCAGCACGGUGACACAGUGGGUGAGGGCAGCAGCACAGCAGUGACCUCACUGACCAGCACAAACCAGCUCCUGCCCGUGAGCCAGAGCUGGGUGGGUGGCACAGUCUGAGGGCUAAAGAGAACCAGAGAUCCUGUCUGUGCUUGUCUCUGGCACAGAAGGGGCGGUGGCAUCUCCUCCUGGUGCUCCCUGCCCCUGCUGGUGCCUUGUCACUCCCUGUGCCACCUGUGUCUGUGCUGUGUGUUGUCCCGUGGUGGUUCCGUGUCACCCCCUGUGCCAGCUGUCCCCUCUCCCCGUGGAGCAGCAGCGAGUGGCACUGAGUGAUUCUUGGGGCUUUUGCACACCUGAGGCUGCACUGUGGCAACGUGCUGAGCCCAGAGGUCAUUGUCACCCUCUGUCCUCUCAUGGGUCAGAGGCAAACCUGUGAUUUUUGGCUCUUUCCCACGUCCAUGGGCAGGUAAAACCUCGACUGGGGCUGGGGACUGCCAGCUUGGGUGGGGCAGCAGUGGGGGGUCCCCAGGGCUUCACUGAAACCCCCCAGGGUGCCAUCCCAGGCUGGGAAGGGGGUCCUGUCCCCCAGGAGAGUUUUGAGAGGAGUUUGUGCUGUGUCCUUCCCACUGUGGUGGCCCUGCCUCCAGCGUGCUCUGUGUCCCUGCAUGCUUGGCAUCACUUGGUGGCUCCGGGAAGCUCUGUCCCAUCUGUGCCAGGCAGAGGGACCGUGUCUCUCGUGUUGUGUCCCUUCCCUCCGUCCUGGCUGUUGCAGAGAGCUCCCGGGCAGAGCAGACCCCGGCCCGGCCCCCCAGUGUCACGGUGUGUGUCCCGGUGCUGUCCCUAGUGUGCCGUCGGUGUUACCACGAAACAAAGAGCUCCCUGUGGUGUGUGAAAUGGCCAAACCCUGACUGUUGUAAAAUAAACUGAGCUAUUGUGUCUCCUUUUAAAUAGGCGAGUGUGCUGCUGUGCUGGAGGGCUGGUGUGCUCUGUGCUGUGACCUAAGGGGAAAGGAAUAAAAUAUCGUUUCUA